UUACACGAGUAGCUUGUUACAUUCAGUAGAUGGUCGUUCCAUUAUAGUUGAGUUGAAUUGGCCUUUCGUAGCAAACAAAAGUGCGCGACAACAAUUCACGGUGCGUCGAAGUAGCGUAGAAUGAUCAUGGCGGACAUACUCUGCUUGUUAGAGGAAAUCCCAAAGCAGGAUUUUCUUGAGUUGGCCAACAAGUAUGGUCACCUCAACGUGUUCUCGGUCUGGCUAGCCAUUGUGAUACUCAUUAUGGUUGGACUCUGGGUGCUGCAACGUCGCUCAGAUCAAAAAAUCCUCAAGAAAUUCGGUAUUCCCGGUCCCGAAGUAGAUUCGCUUCUAUUUGGCCAUUAUAUGACCAUUCAGAAGAAACCAAUCGAAGCAAUACGCGAUUGGACUAAGAAAUAUGGGCCAGUGUUCGGCUUCUAUAUCGGCGAGAAGCCCGUUAUAGCUCUUUCGGACGCUGAAAUGGUUCGCGACUUGUUCGUGAAGUUGCCUAAUGUUUUCAAUGAGAGACCGCCGUUCGCUCUUCAAACUUACCCUGUAACGAGCACUCUACUCUGCCUACCGCACGACCAUUGGAAAACAGUUCGUUCAGUGCUAACCCCAGCGUUCAGCGGAGCAAAACUUAAACUGAUGAUGUGUCUCAUGAAUGACUCAGCACGUACUACGGUGCAGGUGAUUAAGGAGCGCUCUGCUGAAGCCGCUCCUAUCUGCUUUUUCGACAUAGGCCAGAAGCUUACCCUAGAUGUAAUAGCUCGCUGUGCACUAGCAACGAAAAUCAAUUGUAUCAUUGAUGACAAAGACACGUUGCUAAAUCAGGUGCGUAAGUUCCUGUCAAACACGGAUACCUAUAUUUACCACUUGGCCCAUGGACUACCUCACCUAACGAAAGUGCUCAAGGCGUUGGCAGAUUUCACAUCGACGCAUAAAACAAUGUAUGGACUAGUCGCGCAUAUCCAUGAAGUGAUCAAGUAUCGCAAAAAGAACAGAUGCAAGGCGGACGACAUGUUACAGUUGAUGAUAGACGCCGCCAGUGAGGAUACCCGUAUAAUCGAGGAUCAGGAUGUGGCCGCAAAUGCCUUUUUCUUUCUCCUUGCUGGCUACGAAACUACUGCAAUUACUAUUGCUAACGCCUGCUGCCUGAUGGCAAUACACCCCGAGGAGCAGGAAAAACUGUUCGAAGAGAUUAAUGAGGUCUGUAGUGGACCUGAAGACGUCACUUACGAACAGGUCCAAAAACUUAAACGAAUGGAAGCGUUUCUGCUAGAAACACUGCGAAUGUUUCCGCCCGUUAUCUCUUUGGUUUCCCGAGUUGGCAACGCUGAUGUGCAGGUCGGGGGCUUUCACAUUCCCAAGGGCACCCAGGUACAAGCAUCUGUUCUUGAGGUACACAUGAACCCUAAAUACUGGCCAGAUCCAGAACGUUUCAACCCUGACCGUUUCGUCGAUACCAAUGCCGCUACACAGCCUCAGUAUUUGCCGUUUGGGAUUGGACCAAAAAUGUGUAUUGGUAGGAGAUUCUCACUGAUAGAAUUGAAAAUCACGUUCGUCACGAUCCUGCGAUCGUUUCGACUCGUCCGCUCUCCACAACUAGCGGAAGUGCCUCAUCGGAAAGCGCUCAAUAUGAGCCUCACUCCUGAAGGUGGAGUGCCAUUGCUGGUUGAAACAAGGAACUAAAUGACUCAAGUGCGACGAAAUCUCUUUGAUUCCUAUUUGAGCACAACUUAUGUAUCUUUUCUGUCUAUUUUAUAACUUUGUAUUUAUUUACGUAUAACGUAAAUAUAACGACUUAUUAAAAAGGAGUUGAGCAAAUUAUAUAGUGAGACGCCUGCAAAAGAGGCUGUGUGAAUAUUUCUUUAGAUUAUAAAAUGUAUUACAACUAUUAAAACAAACGUUUCUUAGAGAAAAGCGUAUACAUGUAGAUGUAGCAGCUCAGAUGUGUGCCAGGCACGUCACAUUAAAUCCAGAAUUAUUUUAUAACAUAUUGAAUGUAAAGUCCGAUGCACUUUUAUGUCCAUUAUGAUGCUAGCCCAAGUUUCUGUUGUUGGCCAACCUUUGCUCCAAAAAAAUUAGGUUCGUCGAAUGCCUUCGGUAAACAGCAUCCAUUUUAUAAUGGAGAGUAUUAGUGCCCGUCAUAUGAUGCACAAUGCAGCUCGCUGUAGAAGUUCAGCGGUUGGCCAACUUAUGACAUCGGUACAAUAAGUUAUUCUUUUCAACGGAAGUCAUCUAGCCAUAUAAUGAGGGAUGUAACAGCGUUUAAGCACAUACACUCUA